AUGCCAAAAGAACGAAAUUUCAAUCCUGUCCAAGCCCAGCGGAAGGCUGACAAGGCAAAGGCCGUCAAAAAAGGAAAGGCAGCAGUCCAGUCACAGCGCAAUGAGAGGCUUGCAAAGCGGAACCCAGACAGGAUACAGAAAGAAAUCGAUGAUCUGAAGGCUAUCGUUGAGGGUGGGGGGAAACUCAGCAAACACGAGGAGCAAGUACUCGAGGCUCUCGAGAGGGAUCUGAGGGUCGUCAAGAAGGCCCGAGAAGCCUUGGGGGACAAGGCGCCUGUGUUUGGCCGUGGGGGACCGCGACAAGAUGGGGAGGGUAGGGGUGGAGUUCUAGGCAAGCGACGGAGAGGUGCCGAUGAUGCUUCCAGCAGCGACAGCGAUGUGCCAGAAGACGUCAAGAAUAUUCCCAUGCCGCGAGACACGCCACCCCCUAUCCCGAAGGAGAUACUGGAUGAAUGGUAUGCCAAGCGGAGAUCACGCCGGAACGCAAAUACCAAUGCAAAUCUGGAGCCGCUUGGAGGAGGCAAGGAACGUUUCCAAAGGGAAACUUCUGAAAAGUCACCAGUGCCGGUUGUCGAAGCAAAGACAGUAUAUGAAGCCAAACCUAUGGUGCGAGACCUGAGAAAGGAAGCCGUCAGCGCCUUCGUGCCUACGACUGUACGGUUGAAGCUGGACAAGGGCAAGGGUCAGGGUGGCCUGUUGGAACCCGAAGAGGCGGACAAUCUUGAGAGAGAAGGCUAUAUGAAAGCUUCGGGAGGGGUUGGAGAAGUUGGAGAAGUUGAGGUUUCCACAUCCAGCAAUGCGCAGGUUGGAGAGCAAAGGGGGCCACGAGCGGUCAUGAUGGAGGAGGUGGAGGAUGAUGAAGGCUGA